AUGGCCCAGCAAUUGCCAGGACCCGGAUUACGUCCUAGAGGGCGUAUACGUAUCUCGGAUAUGCAAUUACCACCUGGCCCAGCCCCUGCGCCCGCCAUGAAUUGGCCCAGUUUUGGAGCUUUACCAGCAACUUCCACAGUUCAUACACAUAUUCCUCUAUUGCGAGAACCACAGAGCUCCACGAGCAAUACUCCAAAAGCUGGGCAAGAUGCCGUAGUAUAUGGCAAUUGGAAACCAGAUCAUCCACAACGGCCCGAGGAGGACGACGAAAAGGAUAUGCAACGGCCCAAAGAGAGGGUAUAUGGACGCCUGGAAGCCAUGCUAAUGGGAAUGCAUACCGAUGAAAUCGAUCAACAACCCCGAAGAUCCAGUGAGGAGGAAAUGGAAGCGGGAAAAACAUCUUUUGCUCCAAGCUCCUAUCACAAUUCACAAUCGAGACGUGAUAGUUUUGAGCGAUCACCGGAAAUAACCCCAGGACAUGGACCCCAUGGACGUCGUCGCAUAUCCAACAAUCCAUCAACGACUCAGUUUGAAGUGCUCAAAAUGAAUGCCACUGAUCCGCUAAUGAAAGCCAUGGCCAAUCAAAUCAAUGAAUCCGUGGAAACAACAACAAUCGGUACCAAUUAUCGUAAACAUCAAUCUUCCAGCACGGAUGACAAUUGGAUGCCCUUACCGUAUCCCUAUCCCUCGCGUAGCUACGAUAACACACUGGCCUUACCAGGACCUUCAGUAGAUAGUACCAGUUUCCCUGCAGCUGCUCCGACAAUACAGGUCACACAGUCCACUGCGGCGGUAUCGUUAAAUUGGCCAAAGGAUUUUCUGGACAAUUCAUCCGUCAGCACAGAACCUGUUGAUUCAGAUAAAUCGAUGUAUCCCAAUAUCGACAGGAGAGAUGAGAACGCUGCGGAAAUGCAUUACGACGACGAGGAUUCGCUUAACUCGGCCCAAAUGCACAGUGAACUGAGUAUACCGGAAACUAUAGUUCCACAGCUACCAUUGAAUAUAACCCGGGUGGGAAUACCCUAUGAAGAACGCAAUUCCGCCGAGGAACCAACCAUUUGCGUACCUCUAACUGUAUCGGAGACUUCUCUAAGCUCGGACAGCUCCUUACCUCUUGUUGUGGAAGUUGAACGUGUCUAUUGCUUCCCUCUGCCCAAGGUGGAGGUCCGCACCGGAAGUGUAAAGCAAAUAACUCACACACCCACAACGAGUUCUAGUCCUAGUGAAAUGGAUAUGGAAGUUACCCCCAAGGAGCAGACAACUCCUGCAGCUGAUGCCACAGCCGCUGGUAGUCAAAGAACACCUAACCCCGUACACCUUUUCUUCUUGGCACUAUUCAUUUCGAUUUUAUGUAGAAAGUAG